AUGCCUCCCAUCGUCGACAUCCACACCCAUGUCUACCCCCCAGCCUACAUGGCCAUGUUGCGCUCUCGUCGCACAGUGCCCUACGUGCAUGAUCCAGCACCCAGCAAAGACGGGGAUACCACCCCUCGCCUCAUCAUCCUCGCCUCAGACGAUGACCCAUCCAUCCCCAUAGACCAACGCGGCCGCCCAGUCGACUCCUCCUACUCCGACAUCAACGUCAAGCUCUCCUUCAUGCGCCGCCACGGCAUUACAACAAGCGUCAUCUCCCUCGCCAACCCCUGGCUCGACUUCCUCGAACCAGCCGACGCCCAGCCCUGGGCCGAGCGCAUCAACAACGACCUCGAAGCAACCUGCGCCCAGUCCAACACCUCCAACUCCAGCAGUGACUCCCCCACCAAACCCCUCUACGCCUUCGGUACCCUCCCCCUAACGGCCCCCACCCCAUCCGCAAUCGUCUCCGAAAUCCACCGCCUCAAGACUCUCCCGCACCUCCGUGGCGUCAUCAUGGGCACCUCCGGCCUCGGCAACGGUCUCGACGACCCCGCCCUGGACCCCAUCUGGUCCGCCCUCCAAGAAACUAACACCCUCGUCUUCCUACACCCGCACUACGGCCUCCCGGAGGAAGCCUACGGUGCGAACGGCGCCGAUGCCAUCUCCCGCUCCGGCCAUGUCAUGCCGCUCGCGCUGGGGUUCCCGCUCGAGACGACCAUCGCUGUCACGCGCAUGCUCCUCGCUGGUGCGUUCGACCGGUUCCCGAAGUUGACGCUGCUGUUGGCGCAUUCGGGGGGCACGUUGCCGUUUUUGGCCGGGCGGAUUGAGAGCUGUAUUCAUCAUGAGAGGAAGUUUGUUGGCGCGGAUGGGAGUGUGGUUGAUGGGCCGAGGAGGAGUGUUUGGGAUGUGUUGAAGACGAAUAUUUAUCUGGAUGCUGUGGUAUAUGGGGCGCCGGGGUUGAGGGCUGCUGUUGGGGCUUCUGGUGCGGAUCGGUUGAUGUUUGGAACCGACCACCCCUUCUUCCCCCCUCUGGACGAAAAGGAGCCCAACCCCGAAUGGCCCAGCGUGACGACCAACUACGAUGCGAUCAAGGAGGCAUUCGGUGACGAUAAGACGGCCGAUGCGGUGUUGGGUGGGAAUGCGGUUCGUGUACUGGAUUUGAAGUAG